UGGAAGUUUAUUUGCGGCAUGGAGCAGCAGCCGGGCGCGACGCAAGCGCAAGCUCGGGACGAUGUUCGCAGCCUUUGGAUCGGCGAUUUGCAGUACUGGAUGGACGAGAGCUAUCUCAAGAGCUGCUUCCCGCAAUCCACGAUCGUGUCCACCAAGGUGAUUAGAAACAAGAUAACCGGCCACCACGAAGGCUAUGGAUUCGUGGAGUUUGAAUCACACGCUGCCGCCGAGAAAGCGCUCCAGAGUUUCACCGGGGCCGUGAUGCCGCGCACCGAGCAAGCGUUUCGGCUGAAUUGGGCUUGCGUCGGAGGUGACAAGCGCGACUCUGGAGCCGAUGACUCCAUCUUUGUGGGGGACCUUGCGGCGGACGUGACCGACGCGAUGCUGCUCGAGACUUUCAAGAGCCGGUAUCCUUCGGUGAAGAGCGCCAAAGUUGUCAUGGAUGUCAACUCCGGGAGGUGCCGAGGCUAUGGAUUUGUGAGGUUUGGAGACGAGGCCGAGAAGAGCUCGGCAAUGACGGAGAUGCAUGGAGUCUACUGCUCUUCCCGGCCGAUGAGAAUACGUACUGCUACGCCGAAAAAGCAAACUCAACAGCACCCUGUACAAAGAGUUUCGUAUCAGCUGGUCCCUGCCUACGCAAUGCCCGCUCCGGCAGGUGAGGACGACUUUACAAACACGACCAUUUUUGUAGGCGGCUUAGACCAGAAUGUCUCGUUGGACGACUUGAAAGACGUCUUCUCCCCGUAUGGUGAGAUCAAGUACACCAAGAUCCCCCCGGGUAGAGGCUGCGGCUUUGUACAGUUCAUGACGAGGGCCAGUGCUGAAGAAGCAUUGAAGCAAGUCCAUGGCUCCGUCAUAGGCCAGCAAACUGUCCGAUUGUCUUGGGGGCGUCACCCCGCGAACAAGCAGAGGCUCUCGUCGUCUGCACUGCCGUGGUACCAGCCGCCGUUUGAUUCUCAAUGGAACGCGUUCUACCCCUACAACCAUAGCCAGGCUCCGUACGCUUACCUCUAUCCGCAAGAUCCGGCGCUUGUCUAUACUACUGGUUACCAGGUGUACGGCCAGCAAGUAAACUAAAAACAUAAUAGAACAAAACGACUCCAUGUUGACUUUA